AGGCACACACACCGGAAACGGAGAGAGAGCGUUUCCUCACGACGACACCAGGCGGUGUGUCUGUGUGUGUCCGCCUCGUGGGUGAGGUGUGUGUGGACGGGGGAGGAGGUGGAGAGGGACAGGCGACCGUGGGACCCCCUCACACACACUCACAGGUUGUUGUUUGAGUGCCGGCCGCACCGCGUUACCAAGCUACUCCACGACAGCAGGGAGCCGUGUAGCUUUGGUUGUCUCGUUCGAGACACACAUCUCUGUUACUGCUACGUCUUCCAAUGCCAGGACUGCACCAAGGUCCCUGAGAUCAUCAGUACGCUGCGUCAGGCCGGGAAGAGCUCGGCGCGCAACGAUGACCUCGCAGCGCCCAAACCCGCCGCCUCUUCCUCCUCAGAAGACUGUACUCCGUCCGCGUCGUCGGCCUUCGGCGCUGCCACCAUGUUCGCCAAGAGGUUUGAGGUUCUGUUCUGUGGAAGAGUGACCGUCGCCCACAAGAAAGCCCCGCCCGCUUUGAUUGACGAGUGCAUCGAGAAAUUCAGCCAAUCCGUAAGGGCCGGGGGCGAUCCUCAACCAGAAAGUGGCGGUGGAUUGGUGGACGGGCUGCGGAGAGCUCUGGCCUUACCGACGCUAACGCGAAAUGGAGGAACGGGGGAUGGAGAGGUCAGGGGAGGAGGGUACCUCUAG